AUGUUGUCUGGUACACAAAGUUUAAAGGAAUUGGAACGUGAUGUUGAACGUGAAAUCAGUAAGACUGAAGCGGAAUUACAAAGUAUUGAUGGAUCAAAAAGUCAAGAGAAUGAACAAGGACUGUCAGCCUCUAGAGUACUGAUGAUGAGUCCAGAAACCUGUCGUAAACACUUACAAGAAUUGGUGGAUAGUUUACCGCAGAGAAGUGCUAAAAUCAAUGUUUAUCAAAACGAGUGUGAAGCGCUCAUGAAUAAAUUUCAUUCUGAAGACACCAGUCGAAUACGUGCAGAUAUGGAACACUCAGUUAAACGUUGGAAUGAAUUAGAAAAAGGAAUUAAAAAAGCAAAACUACAAUAUCUUCAAGAAACACUUAUCCCGAUGCAUGAUCAUUUCAGAGAACAACAAAGUAAGCUGAAAGAUCGAAGAACAUCUAGUUCAGAUGGGAUAAGAAAGCCAACACUCAAUGAACAAUUAGAAGCAAUAGAAAAUAAAUUCAAUCAAUCUCGAAAAUUGAAGCUGAAUUAA